CCCUGCUUGGACUGCUAUGCAGAAAUGCACUGGGUGGGCGGAAGCACCAGGGAACAGAAAGGGGUUUAUUGUGAAGGAUGGUGUGGGCAUGGGAACAGAUGGGGAUCAGCCUCACUAUAGGGCUCAGGAAAACCCAGGACCUGCAAGGAGAAGCAAAGAGCAAACCACUUUUAAUGUCCCAGUCAUCAGGCUAUGCAGUGCUGUAUGUCAUUGCAGUGUGUUGAGCUGAGAUCAGGAGCUCUCUCAAGCAGCCAUCCUGGCCUCAUGCCCAUUGUCUCCCCUUGUCAGGGCUGUUGUGCUUCCAUUCCGUCCUGGGACAGCAGACAGAAGGGUGGCACUGGUGACUUGGUGACCUUCCCAAGUCAUGGGAUGCAGGAUGGUCUGUGGCUCUUUGCAGCCACUGCCAGGUCUCCUAUGGCCACUUCUGGAUGGGAAAGAGUGAUCUGGUGGUGGUACAACUGAGGGCUGUGGGUCACCCACCUGCAUACAUCCUCAUGGGCUCAGCUGCACGAGGAGUCUCUGGUGGCGGUGGGAUGGGGCUGGUGUCACCAGGGCUCACAAGAGCACAGGGUGGAUUUGGGUGCAGGAUCCAGAGGUGUCAUUUGCAGCAGCGAAGACUUGGGGUGAAACCUCCCAGACUGAGGUCAGAGAGGGAGGUUGUGGCACUGGAAUGUUGAACAGCUGGGAUGUUUUGGGGAAGAAGAGAGAGCUGUUUGUGCUAACAUGGGCUGCUGGAUCCACAGGGGCUCCUUUGCAAUACCAUUGCAGGAAAAUACACCUAUCUCUGUGCCCAGACCCUUUCCAGCCGGCUCCAAAAACUGCCCUGGAAGGGGGGUGUUGUGGCAGGGAGCAGCGUGCCAGCACCCGCUGCUGCCGCUUGCCCCGCGCUGCAGCUGCCAGCAGCAUUUCCCUGAUCCUGCCUGCAGCCAUCCCCCACCGCGGGCGUUCCGGAGAUCUCAAGCUGAGGACGAGCAGGUUGGCAGCGGUCGCCUCGGCAGGCAGAAGCCGCCUGGCUCCUUCCCGAGGAAGCCGGGGCAGCGGAGGAUGCUCGCGGCGGUCCAGAGACGUGGGGAUGCGGGGUUGCUAGGAGGCAGGUGAAGGUGACGGGGACAGCGCUGCGGAGCACCGCAGGCCCAGAUCCGCAUGUCCGACCAGAGCAGCAGUGAAGAUGGGGAGUCUGACUCCCAGCACAGCCUGUACAUGGUCUUUCUCCUCGUCUUGGUCUUCUUCAUCAUGGGGCUGGUAGGCUUCCUCAUCUGCCAUGUCCUGAAGAAGAAGGGCUACCGGUGCAGGACAUUCCGGGAUGAGCUUGACCCAGAUAAUAAGGAUGUGCUGGCAGAACUCCAGGCCAAUGAAGAGGAGGAGAUAAAUGAGGACACCGUGGAGAAGAUUGUGAGAUGCAUCAUCCAGAAUGAAGCAAAUGCAGAAGCCCUCAAGGAGAUGCUGGGGGACAAUGACGGGGAUAUCGCAGUGCCAAUGCCCAGCCUUUGUCCCCACCGUAACAGCCAGGAUGGAGGCCCCCCUCACCACCAUACAGUGCACCUGGGCUCCACGCAAGCCCCCUGCAUCCACUGCAGCAAAAGGAGGAGGCACCCACUGCACCGUCAGGGGCGGUCCAAGGAUGGCAAAGGCCGGAUGCAUCCCGGAGAGACCACUGUCUUCUCAGUGGGCAGGUUCCGCGUCACGCACAUCGGGAAGAAGCCGGCUUUCCAUGAGCAGCAGGAUGGUGCCCAGCCCGAUGGCAGCAAGGAGCCAAGCACAGAGGAGCUGGAGCACAGCAGCGAGCGGUUCCAGCGGGAACAGGCUCACAAUGGGACUGUCCCCAUGCGUAGCCUGGAGAAUGGGGCUGUGCAGGAGGGGACACAGGGCAGCAAGGGCAUGGAGCAGAGCCGCACCGGCACCCCAGUGCCUGGCACUGCAGUGGGCAGCUCUCCUGGGAGCACCAGUCGGCAGCGGAGGCUGCUGAGCCGCCGGGUUCUGGGAGGGUCGAGUCCCAGCAUCCCAGGGCAGCUGGGGCAGGAGGAGGCUGGACUGGGGUCAGCAGAUGAGGUGUCGGAUAUUCACGGGAGCCUGAGCCUACAUGAAGUGCCGGAUGAGAUGGUGAGAGAAGACAGCAGCAGGAGGCAGCCUGGAACAGAGAACGUGGGGCAGCAGGAGCCCAGCGCUGUGGUGCAGGACCGAGGAGCCACUGUGUGAUGUGAGUGCUCGUCUCCAGUCCUGGGGCCACAUUUAGAGGUGGGCAGGGGGGGAAGCCACAGGCAGUAACAGCCCACCCUGCCAGCUUUUGGCUGCAGACAGCCCAUACAGCUCUUCCAGUGGGUCGGUACCCAGGAUCAGGAGAUGUGGAUGAAACAGGGCUGCUCCAGAUGCGCCAAUGGCCAAAGCCCCAUCCCACUUCUCUCUCCCCACAGCUCCUCUCCACUCCUGGCCCUGGUGGCUGACAGCAGGCACAGGGCCCCUGGCCCCACACAGGGCUAGAGGCUCAGCUGUGGGGGGGCAGCUGGCCCCGGCCCCAGCCCGGGCGAGCAACUUGGCAUGGCCAGAGCGACGCACGGACAUUACAGACCUCAUCCCAUCAGCAAUAGUUACCCAACUCCCCCUACUGCACCCACCACCCCAGCACCCCGCUGCUGCCCAUGACCCACACCCCAAGGAAGGAUGCUGCAGGGAUGGGCAGGGGCACCGCCUUGAGCUCCCUUGACCCUGGAUUCACCGCAGAGCACAGCCCCAGUGGUGCCACUGAGCACCAGCACAAUGCCCAUGGUGCCAACGGGGUGGAACCACACAGCCCCUGGGGGUGCUGAUGGAGACAGAGCCUCCUGCCCUGCCCUGCUGCAGGGAGAGCUUUGGUGUCGAACCGCACUGUAAAUAGAUGAGCUAAAACCAUUAAAGCUGCUGAACACGGUA